AAUUCCAGUUGUGAUUGUCUGUGAUGUUUGGGCAAUAAGUAAAAUUCAUAGAUCCUUACGUGACCAGGCUACAGCAGGUUUUGACCAAUUCGUAGAAUACAACAUAACGGAAGCUGUAUCUAUAUUCAACGAUUUCAAUUUUAAAUACGGCAAGAAAUAUAAAAAUGAUGCUGUGAAAACGAAUACUUUCAUUGUUUUUAGAGACAACUUGAGAAAAAUAAAUUAUUUGAAUCAGAUGUCUAAGACAGCUACCUUUAUGAUGAAUGAAUUUACUGCUAUGACUAUAGAAGAUUUUACGAAGAAGUAUACGGGUUAUAAUAGCGCUGCCGCCGGAAUAAUAAAAGAGAAUGUGUCUAGAUUUGACUAUGAUCCUAAGUUUCAUUAUUCAGAUAACAAAGAUUAUAGACAAGAUGGUUUGCUAAUGGUAAAACAUCAAAAGGACUGUGGUAAUAGUUACGUCCAUAGUGCUGUUGGAAACAUCGAAGCGCAAUAUGACAGGAAAUACAAGUUACACACGGUGUUAUCAGAGCAACACGCAUUCGACUGUGAACCAUUUGGAAGUUGUUCAAAAGGAGGGGUACCACAUCAUGUUUUUGAAUAUCUAGGAAAAAAAGGAGGACUAAUGCAAGUAAUACAUUACCCAGCUGCACGGGACUCUAACAAACAAACAUGUCAAACAGACUCAGACAGAAUAUUUGUUCACUUCAAGAAAUACGCCAGGUUUGAUAUAGACAAUGAGCAAAUUCUAGCUGCUGCUGUGGAUACGUUGGGACCAUUGUGCGCAACAAUGUUUGUUUCUGAAUCAGUAAAAAACUACAAAUCUGGGAUAUUAGAUCCGAGGGAUUGUAAGAAAAAACCAACAAAUCACGCAAUACUUUUGAUGGGUUACGGAACAGAGGACGGCGGCAUACCAUAUUGGAUAAUAAAGAACUCUUGGGGAUUUGACUGGGGAGAAGGAGGUUAUCUACGACUGGUACGAGGUAAAUCAGCCUGCGGUAUUGGAAUUGAAUAUGUUGCCACCGUGAUAUUAGGUGACGAUCUGGAUUCAAAAUCGGUACAAUCUACAGAACCUCAGACAAUAGAAGAUACCGAGAAUUCAGAAGAAGAUCGCCGAAGACGAAGAAGGGUGAAAAAUAUACUUCAAGGACAUAAACCUUUUAAUUGCACAGAUGACCCUAAUGAAAACACCAAUGAAAAUGUUGAUAAAAAGACGACUACUACGACUACAACUAUCACUACCACAACAACAACUACUUAGAAAUCGAUCCUUCUUACAGCUGGCUUCAAGAAAACUAUUGAUGGGUCAUAGUUAUUACAGUCGGGCUGUUAAGCUAUCUCACGCUUUGGAAAGAGAUAAACACUUCCCAUUAAGGCAAUGGAAAAACAAAUUUAAUACACCGCUUUCAAUCGUGACACGUUUAAAUAAAUUGCAAACGCCAUAACCUGCAGUACUACCUCGAGUCAAGGCUUAAGUACAGUAUCCCUAACAGCCACAAGAAGAAUCAAAAUUUGCCAUAAAAUAAUAUUGCGCGUUAGCAAUUUUAACAUUGGCCAUAUUGGUAAUUGGAGGCAAAAUGGUUGUAUUUUCAUUUCAUCCUUGGUAUCUACCCAAGACCCAUAAUAAGGAAGAACUGUUUUGGAAACCAGUAGUACUUCGGUAUGCUCAAAAUAAUGAAGCAAAAGCUGUUCUUAGUAGUUUAUGCUAUGAAGUGUUAGUACUCGUAGUUGACAAAACAGCUUAUCUACCGUCCGCUACAUGGUCCCAAGAUUCGAAAUGACUGGUACGGUACGUAACAUAGUUUUCUGUAGCUAAAAUUCAGCACAGUGGCGUAGCGUCGAUUUUUGCCAACCUUAAAUUUGUUGCCCUCUCUAUUUUCACAAUUACAAUAGUAGUUAUUAGUUCAGGCAGGCUCGCCUCGAUUGUGUUUUUGUGUUAGCCUACCGUCGCCACCUUUGUGCUGUUCAGAAUAUCGCUUUCUCAAUAGAGGUGGUUGAUAAAUAACGUCACGAUGAAAAAAUCACGAUGAUCCGCCGUCAAACAAUAUCACCGUAACUCGUUCCGAAGGAACAACGUUCCAAAGUCACAUAUGUUCCUCCGUUCCAAUAGCUAUCCCC